GAGUCCGCGGGGGCGCGCGCGCGAGCCCGGGGAGGAGGCUCCGGAGCGAGUCGGUCUUGGCGGCGCAGCCCGCUCCCCCGCGCCCUAUGUGAGGGAAUCGGGGACGCUACGGCUCGCAGGGGAGGGCGAGGCAUGUGCACGGGCCGGGGGCUGUGGCAGCCGCCCGAGGAAGAGGAGGACGGCGGCGGUGGCGAGGAGAGCGGGGGGCUCGCGGCGGCGGGCCCGGGCCGAGGGGAUGCAGCGGACGGUGUGUGUCUGGCCCUAGCUGACGCGAGGCGGCGAGGAGGCGCCGGAGACCCGCGAGAGGGGCGACCAGGAGGUGGCGGCGGCGGCGGCCGCCAGAAGUAGCAGCAGGACGGGCGGCGGCGGCGGCGGCGGAGACGGCAGCCCUGAGAUGCAUUUUCUCCUCCAGCGGCCAUGUUAACCAGGAAACCUUCGGCCGCCGCUCCCGCCGCCUACCCGACCGGCCGAGGAGGGGACAGCGCCGUUCGUCAGCUUCAGGCUUCCCCGGGGCUCCGUGCGGGGCCCCCCCGGAGCGGAGUGGGGACCGGGCCGCCCUCCCCCAUCGCCCUGCCGCCUCUCCGGGCCAGCAACGCUGCUGCCGCAGCUCUCACGAUUGGCAGCAGUAAGCACACAAUGAAUGAUCACCUACAUGUCGGCAGCCACAGCCACGGACAGAUCCAGGUUGAGCAGCUGUUUGAGGAUAACAGUAACAAACGGACCGUGCUUACGACACAACCAAAUGGGCUCACCACAGUGGCCAAGACGGGAUUGCCGGUGGUGCCAGAGCGGCAGCUGGAGAGCAUCCACAGGCGGCAGGGGAGCUCCACCUCCCUGAAGUCUAUGGAGGGCAUGGGCAAGGUCAAAGCCACCCCCAUGUCGCCCGAACAAGCAAUGAAGCAAUACAUGCAAAAACUAACCACCUUUGAACACCACGAGAUUUUCAGCUACCCUGAAAUCUACUUCUUGGGUCCAAAUGCAAAGAAGCGCCAGGGCAUGACCGGUGGACCCAACAACGGUGGCUAUGACGACGACCAGGGAUCAUACGUGCAGGUGCCCCACGAUCAUGUGGCUUACAGGUACGAGGUCCUCAAGGUCAUUGGGAAGGGAAGCUUCGGGCAGGUGGUCAAAGCCUACGACCACAAAGUCCACCAGCACGUGGCCCUGAAGAUGGUGCGGAACGAGAAGCGCUUCCACCGGCAGGCAGCGGAGGAGAUCCGGAUCCUGGAGCACCUGCGGAAGCAGGACAAGGACAACACCAUGAAUGUCAUCCACAUGCUGGAAAACUUCACCUUCCGCAACCACAUCUGCAUGACGUUCGAGCUGCUGAGCAUGAACCUGUACGAGCUCAUCAAGAAGAAUAAGUUCCAGGGCUUCAGCCUGCCUUUGGUUCGCAAGUUUGCCCACUCGAUUCUGCAGUGCUUGGAUGCUUUGCACAAAAACAGAAUCAUUCACUGUGACCUUAAGCCCGAGAACAUUUUAUUGAAGCAGCAGGGUAGAAGUGGUAUUAAAGUGAUCGAUUUUGGCUCCAGUUGCUAUGAGCAUCAGCGUGUCUACACAUACAUCCAGUCUCGGUUUUACCGGGCCCCGGAAGUGAUCCUUGGCGCCAGGUACGGCAUGCCCAUCGACAUGUGGAGCUUGGGCUGCAUUUUAGCAGAGCUCCUAACUGGUUACCCGCUCUUGCCCGGGGAAGACGAAGGGGACCAGCUAGCCUGUAUGAUUGAACUGUUGGGCAUGCCCUCCCAGAAACUGUUGGAUGCAUCAAAACGAGCCAAAAAUUUUGUGAGCUCCAAGGGUUACCCCCGUUACUGCACUGUCACGACGCUCUCAGACGGUUCUGUGGUUCUCAACGGAGGCCGUUCCCGGCGGGGGAAACUGAGGGGCCCACCAGAGAGCAGAGAGUGGGGGAAUGCACUGAAGGGGUGUGAUGACCCCCUUUUCCUUGACUUCUUAAGACAGUGUUUAGAAUGGGAUCCUGCGGUUCGCAUGACCCCUGGCCAGGCUUUACGGCAUCCCUGGCUGAGGAGGCGGUUGCCAAAGCCUCCGACGGGGGAGAAGACGUCAGUGAAAAGGAUAACUGAGAGCUCUGGUGCUAUCACGUCGAUUUCCAAGUUACCUCCACCUUCCAGCUCAGCUUCCAAACUGAGGACUAAUUUGGCACAGAUGACAGAUGCCAACGGGAAUAUUCAGCAGAGGACAGUGUUGCCAAAACUUGUGAGCUGAGCUGAGUCCCCCAGUGCUGGUCCUCCGAAAGAUACGUUGUUGCUGAGCCUUACUGGGUUGAAAAGGAGUAGCUCAGACCUGUUUUUAUUUGCUCAAUAACUCAACUCAUUUGUAUCUUUUCAGCACUUAUUUUAAUGUAAGAAAGUUUUUCUUUCGUUUUGUUUUUAUAAAAUACAUGGGGACAAUG